AAAAAAAAAUCUCGCUGUCGGAAAAAACCGAUCCUCUAGUGAGGAAAAACGGAUCACGUCAUAAGAUCACACACAUGAUUGGAUCAUAGGAUUCAUCGGAUAUCAUAGACACUUCGGAUAAGACUAGUGUCCCGUCCUCUUGCCUAAUUAGUUCAUGCUAUUCCCCGAGUUUUACUUUCCCGAAUGAGUUUUAGUGACGCCCGGUUUUUGGAGCGUUGGAGUCGUGUUUGAAAUCGGUGAUGGAAACAGAAGUAGACAUGGGAAGGGACAUUUUGUUUUUGCUCACAGAAGGUGGCACUCCUCACUUGACAGAGAAAAUUCUGAAUCUACUGGAUGCUCGCAGUUUGGCUAAUGCUGAGCUUGUGUGCACACAGUGGAGAUCCUUCAUUGCUGAUGAAAGGUGUUGGAAAAAGUUUCUGCUGUCAAAAGAAGUCACUAGCAUUCCAAAUAUUAUCAGUUAUUGGGCUAAACCUAAAAGCGGUGAGGAGUCUGGCGAACAUUACUGUAAAUCAGAAUGGUUGCGAAUCUUCCGUUUCUAUCAGAAAUUAGAAGCCAACUGGCGAACUGGCUCUUGCGGAGCGAAGACAGUUAGGAUUAUUAAUGAAGUGAUUUGUUUCUCCAUGAACGCCACCAAAAUAUUCACUGCUGAAUAUGUUGAAAACAAAUUUCUUAUCAAAACCUGGAACAGAAAUCUUCUAUAUUGCGAAGAGCAGACAUUCCAAAACGAAGGCCAAUGGCAAUCGGUCAGCAUGGAUUGCGACAAUUAUAUCCUCGUCACAGCGUCGAUCAAGGGCGUUGGUGAUGGUUUCAUUGAUCCAAACGCAAAUUCUUUCGUAAAUUAUAACAUCAUUGUUCGUGAAAUAAAAACUGGAAAAGAGAUAACAAAUAUUGUGGUCGGUCCGUCGCGUUAUUUCGGUCAGUAUGAAACUGCAUUUAAGGUCCGCGUUGGCCAUGGAUUGCUCAUCAGCCAUCAUCAUCAACUUCAAUCUCCACCUUCAUCUGAUUAUGUGGUAAAAUCCCGUCUGGAUGUAUGGCAAGUGACAAAAACCAGAGAAGAAAGAACAAAGAACCUCUAUAUUGCAGUUAAACCGGUUGAACCUGCUGAUGGCGCUGUGCCCUUUCCUAACGUUCUCGUUUCCACUUCCCAACAAAGUUCUACUCAUCCAAUUUUCAUUGGCCAUGACAAAACUUAUAUCGUCGUUCACUACAACAACCCUCCUCGUUUUGAAGUCGUAUCGACAUCUUCUCUGAACCUCACCAGGACCAUCGACGCUUUCGAUUACUGUCCCAGUGCUAAGUUCAAGGACGGAUUUAUUGUGUCGGGAAGCACCGGCACCUCUGCCAUGAUCAGGUUGUGGGACGUCGAAACGGGUUCGUGCCUGCGGGAAAUACGAGAACCUUGGAUAUGUAGCGAUAUUAAACUAGUCGGAUUAACUGCCAAUUAUCUAGUCACUGUCCCGGGUCAUCCAGACAACAGGGAAAUGAAAAUCCGCGAUCUCAUCUCUGCCAUGGAUAAUAGUCAGACGUCCGAUUUGACAUUUCUUGCAACGCGUGAAGUGUUGAUAGCUGACCCUGACUCAUGGCUCGAUCGUUUCAUAGUUGACGAUUUCCAGCUCGUUAACUUUCAACAGAAACAAUUCGUUGUCUACAGUUUUGCUCCAGAAGUUUAGUGAGCGAAUGGUGUAGAGCGUACCUAAAAGACCUCAUCAAAUGUUACAGAGCCAUAGUGCAUAUCUGUGGGCGGUCCUCAAUAUGAUCUGUUUUUGUUUGUUUUUUUCUUUUUUGAUGUUGUUGAGCCUUGAUUAAAAAUUUAUGAGUCACAGUUUCACCCACGCUCAGCAUUUUUGCAGUUUAAGUGAAUAACAUUUGAAAUAUUCGAAAGACACAGUAGCUACUUAAGAUAUUGCAUGGUGUAUAUUUCUGGCUAUUUGGAACACUGAAACACAGCGGGGUAAAGUGUG